AUGAAUCCAACUCUGCAUCAUGGCCAAGUCCCUGCUUAUCAGACAUUCCCGCCAGCUAACGUUGCUGGCCGCCCCGCUGAUCUACACCCACGGGCAGAAACAAGGAGCAGUUUUUUCACUGAGGAAGACCUGUAUCUCAUGAGCACUCCAGUCAAGGGAAUAGAUUUACAGGUGUUGAAAAUGAGUGAACGAAAAUGUUUCCUCGUCAAGAAGGCGCAGGAUAAGCUUUUAGGCGAGAUGCGGUAUCGAUUCUCGACCCUCCUGGCUUUAUCCCUGGGCGUGUACCGUUUCUUAAGCGUGGUCCUCGGCAUUAUUCUGGUCUUUCUAUGGGGGAUCAUUUUUGCCAUCAUCAACUUCGUUACGGUGUACAUCUUCCAGCCCACCAUCAAGCUCUGCUUCAUCCUGAUUCGGCCGAUUCACAUGCUCUAUAAGGCUCUGGUGCGUUCUUUUAUGGACCCAUUGUGGGAGUCCGUCGGCCUGAUCUACUCCCGAGUGAGGGGUAGGGUCGCACUCAACCUGACGGGCCUCCCUCAGAAAGAGCCGAUCCUUCAACCCACAAUCGAGGAAGUGUAA